AUGUGCAACACAGCCAAAAUAGGCCAGCAUGAUGGUGGCGAUGAGGCCAUUUCAGACAAUGAGUUAUUCCUAGAUCUCGAAGGUACCAAAAUUUUCGCUGACACUGAGGAGCUCGGGGAGACCCUUAAGACUCCUGCAGAUAUCCUUGCAGAUGUGACUCCCCUUGCAGCAGUCAUGCAUGGCAUGUCUCCUUCUGUGAGGGAGGCCUUCAUGAAGGCCUUCCAGGUGCUCACAGAUAUGCAUACACCCAGCAAAGAGGUGCAUAUAAGCCUUAACGAGAUGCAUAGAGGUCCUAAAGAGGUGCAUACAGCUAUCAAGGAGGUCAUCGAUGCCUCUGAACUGGACCAAGGCUUCAAGAUCCCUCCAGUUGUCCUUAAGCUCACGUCAGUGCAGGUUCAUAUCCCUCUAAUGCUGGUUACCUCAGACACUAUUCAGCAAAUGCAUCUGAAUCCAACUUCCAUCCAGACGAGGAAGUUGACUAUGAAUUCUGGCUCACGCUUCAACAUCAUUGACCUCACUGACUGGCCCAAGGAAGAGUCCCUUCCUAAGCUUGUGGACAAGGAGAUCAUUGAGCUGUUUCAAACUCACUAUGAUCAUCUUGUGUCUCUGCUGCAUUUCUGCAGGGAUUACAAGGCAAUCCUUCAGUUCGAUUGCGAGGUUCACUGCACAUGGACCCCCUGA